AAGAACAACACAACAAAAACUUGGGAAAAAAAGUGUAGAAAAAUGGUUGCGAAAACCCUAGCUUCUGUCUUAUUUGCUCUGUAUCUGUUGAGCUUCUCUGCAAAUGCUGAAGUGUUUGACAUCAGAAAGUUCGGUCAUGUUUCUGUUGGCUCCGACAUUACCCAGGCUUUUAGGCAAGCCUUCCAGGCUGCGUGCCAGAGCCCGAGGCCGAGUUCGGUGGUGAUCCCGAAAGGAACGUACAAACUUGGGGAGAUCAAUAUGAUCGGUCCCUGCAAAGCUCCAGUCGAGGUGACUGUUAACGGCCACUUGCAAGCCAACGGAAAUGCCCUGGCUGGGCACGAGAAAUGGGUCGUUUUCCGCUACAUUAACGGCUUCAAACUGAACGGAGGCGGUAUCUUUGAUGGGCAAGGCAAUGCUGCCUGGAAGUCGAAUGAUUGCCACAAGAAUAACAACUGCAAGAAACUCCCAAUCAGCAUAAGGUUCGACUUCGUACUUAACGGUGAGGUUAGGGACAUAACGUCGUUGGACGCCAAAAACUUCCACGUGAAUGUUUUGGGCUGCAAGAAUUUCACAUUCGAUAACGUGAAGAUCAAGGCACCUGCCGAGAGCCCUAACACGGACGGAAUCCAUCUGGGGAGAAGUGACGGCGUCAACAUCCUUAGAUCUUUCAUCUCGACAGGUGACGAUUGUAUCUCUAUCGGCGACGGGAUGAAGAAUCUCCACGUAGAGAGAGUUACAUGUGGUCCAGGUCACGGUAUCAGUAUCGGAAGCCUUGGACGUUACACGAUCGAGGAGCCUGUGGCCGGUAUCUGGAUCAAGAACUGUACACUCCAAGAGACUGAUAAUGGCCUCAGGAUCAAGACCUACCCUUCUUCCGCCUCUUCGAUCACAGUCUCUGACAUCCAUUUUGAGGAUAUUAUCGUGAAGAAUGUCUCCAAUCCCAUCCUCAUCGAUCAAGAGUAUUGCCCUUGGAACAAAUGCAACAAAGCCAAACCUUCGACGGUGAAGCUGGUGAACAUUAGUUUCAAGAGGAUUAGAGGAACAUCGGGGAACAAAGACGCAGUGAGGUUGUUGUGUAGCAAAGGAGUGCCGUGUACGAACGUGGAAGUAGGAGACAUCGAUCUGAGAUACGGAGGAGCAGACGGUCCUGCAACUUUCGAGUGUUCGAACGUAACUCCCAAGCUCUCGGGAACUCAGUUCCCAAAGGCAUGCAGUAGCCCCAUGGUCAAACCUCUCAAUGAUGUCUGAAUGAUUCUCUCGAACGAACAUGAUCACUUCUUCUGUUCAGCCAUCCAUGGUAGCCUGAUCAUGUCCUAUAUGACCCGUUUUCUUUUUCUUUU